AUGUCAUCCGACAUCACCCUCUACACCUGGGCGACGCCAAGUGGCAUCAGGGCCUCUAUCACCCUCGAGGAGCUUGAUCUGCCUUACGAGACCAGGCCAAUGGACAUCAUGACCAACAUUCAGAAGGAAGAGUGGUUCUUGAAGAUCAACCCCAAUGGCCGCGUCCCUGCUAUCACAUAUGGUUCCCAGCGCGUUUUUGAGAGCGGAUCGAUUAUGCUCUACCUUACCGACAAGUAUGAUACUGAGCGGAAGAUCAGUCACGCGCCCGGCCAAGCAAAUCACUUCCGACUCUUCACCAAUGUCCGCUCCGACUACGGUACGAAGCGAUACAUCGACGAGACAAGGCGCCUCUACUCGGUUUUGGAAUCCCGUCUGAAGGAAAGCCCCUACCUCGCCGGUUCGAAGUACACGAUUGCCCAUAUCUCCAACUUCACGUGGGCUCGAAAUGGUCCUAGCGUCCUUGAUAUUGACUUCUCUGAGUUCCCUGCUCUGAAGAAGUGGGUCAAUGAGAUUGAGCAGAGGGCUGCGGUGCAGAAGGGGGCAGAUGUGCCUCACACUGGUCGCUCGGAUGCCGAUCGUGAUGUAUUCAUUAAGAGUAUGCUUGCUAGGAUUGCGGGCAUGACCAACACUGAUAAGCAUUAA